CUCUCUCUCCGUGACGUCGUUUCCGCCCAACAUGGCGCAGGCUGGUUGCUAAUGGAGAACUGAAGGAUAUUUUUCUCCUCUCCGCACCUUUCAGCCUUUAUUUAUGUUUCUCUCCUCAGGCUGAGCGCUCGCAGGCCGCUUCGAAAAGGGCAUUUAGUUGUGUGUCAGUGACAGCUUUUCCUCCUCCGGUCCAUCUUCUCCUCGGACCUUUUACACCGCGUCAUGUAUGAAGGCAAAAAGACGAAGAACAUGUUUUUAACCCGAGCUCUGGAGAAGAUCUUAGCCGAUAAGGAGGUGAAGAAGGCGCAUCACUCCCAGCUGCGCAAAGCCUGUGAGGUUGCAUUAGAGGAAAUAAAAGCCGAAUCGGAGAAAUUAAGCCCCCCUGCAGGAGAGAGCAAGUCGAGUUCCAGUACCCUGCCUCCCAUCAAAUCCAAGACCACCUUCAUCGAAGCGGAUAAGUACUUCUUGCCGUUCGAGUUAGCCUGUCAGUCCAAAUGUCCUCGCAUCGUCAAUACGUCACUAGACUGUUUACAGAAACUCAUAGCUUAUGGUCACCUGACGGGCAGCACGCCGGACAGCACCACACCAGGGAAGAAGCUCAUCGACAGGAUCAUCGAGACGAUCUGCGGCUGCUUCCAGGGCCCGCAGACUGACGAGGGAGUUCAGCUUCAGAUCAUAAAGGCCUUGCUGACGGCGGUGACCUCCCAGCACAUCGAGAUCCACGAGGGCACGGUGCUGCAGGCCGUCAGAACGUGCUACAACAUCUACCUGGCCAGCAAGAAUCUCAUCAACCAGACGACAGCGAAAGCCACACUCACCCAGAUGCUCAACGUCAUAUUCGCCCGCAUGGAGAACCAGGCCCUUACAAAUCACAAGAUCAGUUGGUCUAUGGCAUCCAGAAAGCGUGACCGUCAGCUCCAGGAGGCGAAGCAGAUGGAGAGGGAGAGGCACAGACAGCAUUCUCCACUCAGCCAGCAGGAACCCGAGUCCCCACAGCUACAACAGCUCCCAGACACCCCGGCCAAGAGCCAGAGUCCAUCAGGUCAGGAGGUCAGCGCAGGGUCAGGGGUGGAGGGUGCCCCGGCAGAGCGCGAAUCACCCCAUUACGAGAGCCCGGAGCCUGAGAACGGCUCUGACUUUGGUCCUGUAGAGAACGAACAGACAGAAGCAGACCAGGCCACAGCAGCAGAACAGAGUGCGGCUGAGCAUGGUUCACGAGCUCCCGUAGAAGAGGAGAACGUGAAUUAUGAGGAGAAAGCUCAGGAGAUUGUGCAGACUAUACUGCAGGAGGUGAUUAGCACUGUGGCAGGAGAUGCUAAGGAGAGUGGAGGGGGGGAGGUGGAGCAAGAGGCCACGCCCACAUCGCUGGAGGAGGAAGGUGGUCUGAGCAGCGACAGUGAGAACGUCCACGCUAAUGGAAUCCCUGGCACACCCAUCUCAGCCAGCUUCACGCCAUCCCUGCCUGACGACAGACUGUCCGUCUCCUCCAGCGACACUCAGGAAUCUGGUGCCCCUACAGGACCUGCACCGGGUGCGAAGUUCUCACACAUUUUGCAAAAAGAUGCCUUCCUGGUGUUCCGCUCGCUCUGCAAGUUAUCCAUGAAGCCCCUUUCAGACGGUCCACCCGAUCCAAAAUCCCAUGAAUUGCGCUCUAAAGUGCUGUCACUGCAGUUGCUGCUCUCCAUCCUGCAGAACGCAGGCCCAAUCUUCAAGACCAAUGAGAUGUUCAUCAACGCCAUCAAGCAGUACCUAUGCGUGGCGCUAUCCAAAAACGGCGUCUCGUCCGUCCCUGAGGUCUUCGAGCUCUCUCUGUCCAUCUUCCUUACUCUUCUGUCCAACUUCAAAACCCACCUCAAAAUGCAGAUCGAGGUCUUCUUUAAAGAAAUUUUUCUGUACAUCCUCGAGACGUCCACAAGCUCAUACGAUCACAAAUGGAUGGUCAUCCAGACGCUCACCAGAAUAUGUGCAGAUGCCCAAAGUGUGGUGGAUAUAUAUGUGAAUUACGACUGUGACUUGAACGCUGCUAAUAUAUUCGAGAGACUAGUGAACGACCUGUCCAAGAUCGCACAGGGCCGCGGAGGCCACGAACUGGGCACAUCGACACUACAGGAGCUGACUUUGAGAAAGAAGGGUCUGGAGUGUCUUGUCUCAAUCCUCAAGUGCAUGGUGGAGUGGAGUAAGGACCAGUACGUGAACCCUAACUCUCAGACCAGUCUUGGCCAGGAGAAACCUUCUGAGCAGGAGGCCAACGAUUCCAAGCAUCCAGAGACCAUUAACCGCUAUGGCAGCAUUAACUCUCUGGACUCCACAGCUUCCUCGGGCAUCGGCAGCUACAGCACACAGAUGUCCGGCACGGAUAAUCCAGAGCAGUUUGAAGUGCUGAAACAGCAGAAGGAAAUCAUCGAGCAAGGCAUAGACCUGUUCAACAAGAAACCAAAGAGGGGAAUCCAGUAUCUGCAGGAGCAAGGCAUGCUGGGAACCACGCCAGAGGACAUCGCUCAGUUCUUACAUCAGGAAGAGAGGCUGGAUUCUGUCCAAGCCGGAGAGUUUCUGGGAGACAACGAUCGCUUCAACAAGGAAGUGAUGUAUGCCUAUGUGGACCAAAUGGACUUUCAAGGGAAGGACUUUGUGUCGGCCCUGCGCCUGUUUCUUGAGGGCUUCAGGCUCCCUGGAGAAGCCCAGAAAAUUGAUCGUCUCAUGGAGAAAUUUGCUGCUAGAUAUUUAGAGUGCAACCAACGACAAACCCUGUUUGCGAGUGCUGACACAGCGUAUGUCCUUGCUUAUUCAAUAAUAAUGUUGACAACAGACCUUCAUAGUCCACAGGUGAAGAAUAAAAUGACAAAAGAGCAAUACAUAAUGAUGAACAGAGGGAUCAAUGACAGUAAAGAUUUGCCGGAGGACUAUUUGUCAUCCAUCUACAAUGAAAUUGCGGGGAAGAAGAUAUCUAUGAAGGAGACGAAGGAGAUGCCGCUCAAAUCGAAUAAACAAAGCGUGGCCAGUGAGAAACAGAGACGGCUUCUGUACAACGUGGAAAUGGAGCAGAUGGCGAAGACAGCUAAGGCUCUGAUGGAGGCUGUGAGCCACGUUCAGGCCCCGUUCACCAGCGCCACCCACCUGGAGCACGUCAGGCCUAUGUUUAAGCUGGCCUGGACACCAUUCCUGGCAGCUUUCAGUGUGGGUCUGCAGGACUGCGAUGACACCGAGGUAGCAUCUCUGUGCCUGGAGGGGAUCCGCUGUGCCAUCAGAAUAGCCUGCAUCUUCUCCAUACAGUUGGAGAGAGAUGCGUACGUGCAGGCUCUGGCUCGAUUCACCUUGCUCACAGCCAGCUCUGGGAUCACGGAGAUGAAGCAGAAGAACAUCGAUACAAUCAAGACGCUUAUCACGGUGGCUCACACUGAUGGGAACUACCUGGGAAACUCGUGGCAUGAGAUUCUGAAGUGCAUUAGUCAGUUAGAGCUGGCCCAGCUCAUUGGCACAGGGGUGAAGGCUCGCUACAUAUCCGGGACUGUUCGGGGCAAAGAGGGUUUCAUCACUAGCACCAAAGAGCAGAAUUCAGACGAGUAUCUGGGCAUCGUCGGCGGGACUGUUGAUCGGAAGCAGAUUGCUAGCAUUCAAGAAUCCAUCGGUGAGACCAGCUCUCAGAGUGUGGUGGUUGCCGUGGACAGGAUUUUCACAGGAUCCAUUCGAUUGGACGGUAAUGCUAUAGUUGAUUUUGUGCGUUGGCUGUGUGCCGUGUCCAUGGACGAGCUGGCCUCUCCGACUCACCCGCGCAUGUUUAGCCUGCAGAAGAUUGUAGAGAUUUCCUACUACAACAUGGGUCGCAUCAGACUCCAGUGGUCCAGGAUCUGGGAAGUAAUAGGAGAUCAUUUCAACAAGGUGGGCUGUAAUCCCAAUGAGGACGUCGCCAUCUUCGCUGUGGAUUCACUCCGGCAGUUGUCCAUGAAGUUUUUGGAGAAAGGAGAACUAGCCAAUUUCAGAUUCCAGAAGGAUUUCUUAAGGCCGUUUGAGCACAUCAUGAAAAAGAACAGAUCGCCCACUAUCAGAGACAUGGUGGUACGCUGCAUUGCUCAGAUGGUGAACUCGCAGGCGGGGAACAUCCGCUCAGGCUGGAAGAAUAUUUUCUCUGUGUUCCACCUGGCAGCCUCGGAUCAGGACGAGAGCAUCGUGGAACUCGCCUUCCAGACCACUGGACACAUCGUCACGAAUGUAUUCGAGAAGCACUUUCCUGCCACCAUCGACUCUUUCCAGGACGCCGUUAAGUGUCUGUCAGAGUUUGCCUGUAACGCAGCGUUCCCUGACACCAGCAUGGAGGCCAUCCGUCUGAUCCGCCACUGCGCCAAAUACGUCUCCGACAGACCUCAGGCGUUUAAAGACUACACAAGUGAUGAUAUGAAUGUAGCCCCAGAGGACCGGGUGUGGGUGCGAGGCUGGUUCCCCAUCUUGUUCGAGCUCUCCUGCAUCAUCAACAGGUGCAAACUGGAUGUCAGAACCAGGGGUCUGACGGUGAUGUUUGAGGUGAUGAAGACUUACGGUCACACGUACGAGAAACACUGGUGGCAAGACCUGUUCAGGAUCGUCUUCAGAAUCUUCGACAACAUGAAGCUACCGGAGCAGCAGACCGAGAAAGCAGAGUGGAUGACCACAACCUGCAACCACGCACUUUAUGCCAUCUGUGACGUCUUCACGCAGUACUUUGAGUCUCUCAGUGAUGUUCUGCUGGAUAACAUCCUCUCUCAGCUCUACUGGUGUGUGCAGCAAGACAACGAGCAGCUGGCGAGGUCCGGAACCAACUGCUUAGAAAACGUAGUGAUCCUGAACGGAGAGAAGUUCACGGCUGAGACAUGGGACAAGACGUGCAACUGCAUGCUGGACAUCUUCAAGACCACCAUCCCACACGCGUUGUUGACGUGGAAGCCUGCUGGAACGGACAGCGAUCACGUGACUCAGCUGGACUCGGACAAGCAACCGGUACGCAAACGAGAGGACUCCAUGUCCCAGAAGUCUGUGGACAUCCAGACCCGGCCAGAGGACCAACACUCUGUGAGCAGUAUGGAGAAGGCGCUGGCAGACAAUCGGAGACAGAGUCAGUUCAGUUUGUCUUCAGAGGUCCAGGAGCAGAGGUUGUUUGCAGCACUACUCAUUAAGUGUGUGGUGCAGCUGGAGCUCAUCCAGACCAUCGACAACAUCGUAUUCUUUCCGGCCACCAGCAAGAAGGAGGACGCCGAGAACUUCGCAGCAGCACAGAGAGAUGCUCUGGAUACCGACGUCCACGUGGAGACGCAGGAUCAGGGAAUGUACAGCUACUUGACCUCCGAGCAGCUGUUUAAACUGCUGGACUGCCUGCUGGAGUCGCACCGUUUUGCUAAAGCCUUCAACUCCAGCAAUGAACAGAGGACAGCGCUGUGGAAGGCUGGUUUUAAAGGGAAGUCCAAACCCAACCUGCUGAAACAGGAGACGAGCAGCUUGGCCUGUGGCCUGCGCAUCCUCUUCCGCAUGUACACUGACCCGAGCAGACAGGACGCCUGGGAGGAGGUGCAGAGACGGCUGCUCAACGUGUGCAGCGAUGCCGUGGCUUAUUUCCUCACGCUGACUUCGGAGAGUCAUCGCGAGGCCUGGACCAACCUGCUGCUCCUCUUCCUCACCAAAGUGCUGAAGAUCAGUGAUGACAGGUUCAAGGCCCACGCCACCCGUUACUACCCACUGCUGUGUGAGAUCAUGCAGUUCGACCUGAUCCCUGAGCUGAGAGCCGUGCUGAGGAAGUUCUUUCUGCGAAUUGGGCUCGUGUUCCACAUCGCUCGCACGCUGGAACCAGAGCACCAGGCCUAGAUACCGCCACCGAAAUCGCCCCUUGUGCUCCUUUUAUCUGCCGUCCAAUCUAAUUACUUCCCAAACGCAGGGCAUUCUGGGGGCCCUGAAAGGAUGCACCCGGAAACUUCUAGAAGAGCGUCUCGAUGGUACUCGUAGCAAACUUCUAGACUAGACCGGAUCUAGACUGGAAACAACCGUGGGUUUGUACAAGACUCGUAAUCGCCUUCAAGAUCCGGAUUAUGUUAAACUGUUCAACUCCUCGACCUCUGAGAAGCUCAGAAUCCUGAGUAUAAUUCCAAAUGGUGUAAACUUUGUUUCAACACGAUCCUAAAGCUGAAUGAAGAAUGAUGAAAGGGGUCACCAUCCAGUAAAACAGUUAGUAAUUAGUUCGGAUAACGUGUAACUGCCGUUACUCGACAUUAUUCUAAUGUUUUUUUGUUUUGUUUUUGCACCGCUAAUGGCUAACAUUAGCAUGAAUAGCUCUUUGAAUUGAUCUAGUUGUACAGAAAAGUGGCUUGUAAAAUAAUCCCAUAACACUAGAUUUUAUUUCUAAAUCUUUUUUUUUUUUUUUUCCCCUCUCUCUGAAUUUGCUGCACACGUUUUUCCUUUUCAAAAUGCACUGGAGAUUUUUACUUUUGUGAUAAUUUAUUUAACUAUGCCAUCUCUCUGAUUGUCCAAUAAGAUUUCUAAUUGAUACCAUAUCGACUAUAUAUACACUAUAUAUAUAUAUAGUUAGAUUAUUCCAUUUUAUAUGUACUGAUGCUUUUUUAGGUAAAAACUUAUAAAAGAUGGCAACAUCUGGGAUCCUUCAAAACUGGAACUUGAGGGGAGGUUAAAGGGAAGAGAAAAGAAGAAAAAAAAAGCUUGCACCCUAACGUGAGCUGCAUCUGAGUCACUGGUCUAUAUAUAAUCCUGACGUAAGCUUCACUGUAUGUGUACAAAUUUAAAAAGCUAAUAUAUUUAAAUCUUCUCUUUGGUUUGGGGAUGGGGUUGCAUUCUAUAGGACAGACUGAACCAUUGCUCUGAGAGACGGAUGAGCCGAAGCAUUCCUGGUUACGGUGGAAUAAGUGUAUAAUGGUACAGCACUGUAAAGUUUUCUAUGUGGAAUAAACGAUCUGUACAACUGUGUACAUUACUGCUUCUGCUCCCACACAUCCUGAUCAGGCCACACAGGUUAAUAAAGUUUCUCAACUUGC